UUUGGCUCAAGCUUGUCGGGAAAUCUGCGUGUGCAAUUUGUGCCUGUGAGCAUCUUCAAAGCCUAUAGGCAUGCCUCGUGAGAAGGAUGUGUACUUCGCCAAGCUCGCUGAGCAGGCUGAGAGGUACGAUGAAAUGGCGGAUUAUAUGAAGGCAGUGGGAGAUGAUGGCUCGGAGCUCUCUGUUGAAGAGCGCAACUUGCUGUCUGUGGCCUACAAGAACACGGUUGGAUCUCGCCGUGCUGCCUGGCGCAUCAUUUCAAGUGUCGAGCAAAAGGAGAAAUCCAAGGGCAACGAGACGCAAGCUGGCUAUGCAAAGGACUACCGUGUCAAGGUGGAAAAUGAGCUCCAGAAGAUCUGUGACACCAUCUUGAAGCUCUUGGAUCAGGGCCUUAUCCCAAAGGCCACACAAGCAGAGUCCAAGGUCUUCUAUCAGAAGAUGAAGGCUGACUACUACCGUUACAUUGCGGAGUUCCGCAGCGGUGACGAGAAGAGCAAGGCAGCGGAAGAGGCACGUAAGGCCUAUGCAGAGGCAGCAGAAGUGGCCAAGAAAGAUCUCCUUGUGACGCACCCAAUCCGCCUUGGUUUGGCUUUGAACUACUCCGUCUUCAUGUACGAGGUGCUGAAUGACCCUGACGAAGCAUGCAAAAUGGCCCGCACAGCUUUUGAAGAUGCGAUCGCAGAGCUCGACAACGUGGCAGAGGACUCCUACAAAGAUUCCACGUUGAUCAUGCAGCUUUUGCGAGACAACCUGACCCUCUGGACCUCUGACCAGGAAGCAGGUAAUUGA